AAUAUCCGGUCACAAGGGAAAACAGGCGUUUGCACUAAUCGUGGCUUCACGCGUCCGGACCUGAAACCCAAAACACCAGGACUCCGGACUUUUCAUUCUUUGAUUCAGAGUGUGAUUCAGUCUCGGUGUGGACGCAAUGGAGGUCCGCUUCACGCGAGGCAAAUCCGCGAUCCUCGAGCGCUCGCUCACGCGUCCCAAAACGGAGGUGAGCGUGAGCGCGUUCGCGCUGCUCUUCUCUGAGAUGGUGCAGUACUGCCAGAGCCGCGUGUACUCGGUGUCGGAGCUCCAGGCCCGGCUGGCGGACAUGGGCCAAGGGGUUGGAGCCAGCCUUCUGGAUGUUCUGGUGAUGAGGGAGAAGAACGGAAAAAGAGAGACCAAAGUUUUGAACAUACUUCUCUUUAUUAAGGUAAACGUAUGGAAAGCAUUGUUUGGUAAAGAGGCAGACAAACUGGAGCAAGCCAACGAUGAUGACAAAACAUACUACAUCAUUGAAAAGGAGCCUUUGAUCAAUGCCUACAUUUCAGUACCUAAAGAAAAUAGCACCUUAAACUGUGCAGCAUUCACCGGUGGCAUCGUGGAGGCGAUUUUAACCCACAGUGGCUUCCCAGCUAAAGUCACUGUCCACUGGCACAAGGGGACCACGCUGAUGAUCAAGUUUGAUGAGGCAGUGAUUGCUCGUGAUAAAACUCUUGAUGGCAGAUAGCAGACUGCUUACUACAUUAAGCUUCAAGUUUAGCCUUGUGUCUGGAGUCCCAGCAUUGUUUUUUCCCACUCAUUUUUAUAGCUUUGCUAACAAAUUUACUGCAUCUAGCACAGAUCUCAAAAUAACCUCAAGACUGUCUCUAGCUGUUGUUCUUUUUGUAAUGAUGUUACAGAGGACAAGUCCCCUCGCUUGUCCAGUUCAGUGUAAAAUGGCGUCUUUACUGAUACACUAAUGCAUUGAGGGGUUAUUUUCAGAAAACUUUAAGACAAUAUUAUUUUGGGGUGUUCAUUUUACAAAUGUACCAUAACAAGACAAUAAUACAUUAUAAUAAAUGGUUAAUUAAAUUGGUAUUGAAUUUAGGCUUGGAUCUCCGUGGAAUUGAGUGUCACUGCAUUAAUAUUGAAAGAAAGAAUGUUAACAAACAUCAUUUAACUUAGUUGCGCAAAAUUGUGCAGACAUUAUAUGUCAGUUUAGUGCUAGCAGAGAUGCAUAUGCUCAUAAACUAUAACAGAAGUUUUAUUUAAAGUGUGAAUUAUAUUUGGACGUCUUGAUUUUUGUUUAAGUUGUAAAUAUUUUCAUCACAGUAUAAUAAAGUCUUUGUAAACUGCAA